GGCCCGGGCUCGGCGAGGCGGCGGAACUGCAGAGACUCCGAGAGGGAGAGAGGGCAAGAGAGAAUCCAGACUGCACCGCUGGCCUGGUCUGCUAAUCUCGCUACCCCUCAAAAGGGAGGUGUUUUGAAUGCUGGUUUCUUAAAUUCUCCCUUGGCUUGGACUGAGGAGCCCUGGACCUUGGAGAAACUCUGCUCUUAAUUUCCAUACUGAUCACUCAACGGCGGAAAAUCGGAAGAGAUGCAAGUAGGAAAAAGAAACUAAACCAGAUAACACCUGUCCUUCCUUGGAGCUCACCUAAAAUGUUGCUUCCUGAUCCCCAGCCUUGGUCAGACCCUGGUCUGAGGAGCGAUGCGACAGGCAUGAUGGAGGUUGAGUCCUCCUACUCGGACUUCAUUUCCUGUGACCGGACAGGUCGUCGGAACGCAGUCCCUGACAUCCAGGGGGACUCUGAGGCUGUGAGCGUGAGGAAGCUGGCUGGAGACAUGGGCGAGCUGACACUCGAGGGAGCAGAAGGACAGACAGAGGCAGGCGCCCCAGACAAGGCAGCCAGCAGCCAGCCCGAGAGCAGCGAUGGGACCACCUCGUCUUGAGUCUGACCUUUCCCAUGGAGGAUGGAAAAGAGACCUGCUGUCCUUGCCUGGACUGGGAGCCCUGGCACUGGCCUGGCAGCCUCUUCUCUGAGCCCCGGUCCCAGGCAGGCCAGGCCAGAGUGAAAAGGCACCCCCAGAGGCCACCACGGCCCCUUCCCUGGGAAGGCCCUCCACCUGCACCCUGAGGCUCCCCUCGCCCACCACCUCCUCACUGUGCCCAGGUACACUUCCAGGACCCCGCAGCUGUGGGGCAUUAUUUAUUCAGUGGGUGCCUGAGCAGCCCCCCCAAGAACGCACCUCUAGAGGUGGCCUGGGCAGCAACCCCAGCCCAGCUCUGCCCCCCCUCCAAGCCCAACCUUCUGGGUCAAGAUCUUCAUAUCCCUUUUUUAAAAAACACUUUUAAACUUUUUAAAAACUUUAAACUUUUUUUCAGCAGAGGGGGCGGGAGCUGUGUUUGGGUGUUUUUGGAAGGCAUUAGAAGUUAACCUGACCAUCUGUGCGGCUCUGCGUCCCCUCAUGGAGCUCCACAGAUCCAUUUCUAGGCAAGGGUUUUGUGCUCAAAACUGUCUGAUCAACUCUUUGCCCUUUCUACCGAGAUAAGUGACACCUAGGACCCAGGAAAUAAAUGCUGAUCAUUUGUGUGA